CAGCCCAAAAUUUGAGACCGCGCGGACAGUCCGCGUACAGUCCGCGUACAACAGCGCAUGCGCGUGAAAAUAUUUAGACAGUGCACUCCACUAUAAACAUUUAUACAAAGGAAACAGACAGCAUUUGCACACACACUAUGGUUUUUCUUCUUUAACUUUUACUUCUUCCAAGAACAGAAAGCUCUGGAGCAUGUUUGUUUGAUUCCUGUUCUUUGUUGUCUUGUUGUUUGUUCUAAACUGUGUUUGCAAUGGUGGAUCAGUUACUUUUCUUCUCCUAACCAAUGUUUUAAUGUACUGUAAAUGUCCCCAAAUCAGUGCUGCCCUGACAGCCUGUUAGACUAAUAAUUUGAAUUAGAAAUCAUUUGUAUUGCGUAUAGUGUCGAACGCGGCCAUCCGCGUGUAGCCGCGGGAAGUAUACUCGAAAAGCUACGCGGACGCGUGCGCGCGCGAGCCGGACGCGGACGCGGAAAAAAAGUAUACCGCGGCCUUUAGGUUGCCCCGGUAGAUUAUGUUCUGGAUUAGAGAUUACACACAAAAAAUCAGCUUUGAGCAGUGACACGUGAGUGAUGUGACUACUUCACAGGUUGCCUUGCGAUGAUAAUAUUAUUAUAGUAAACGUGUAGUAAGCAUGAUUUUUAAUGGAUUGAUUACCAUUUGUGUUUCCAUAUGUUUACUGUAAAAAGGUUAUUGUUAAAUGGUACCAUGGUAAAUAUGUGGUUAUUACAAAUAUGCAAAACCAAAAACUGGUAACUGUAUGAUUAAUUUUGAUUAGGGAUCAAAGCCUGAAAGCCUGAUCUAAUAGGUUUGGUUUUGUCAACUAAUUCUGUAAUCUUGAGUUUGUUUAACCAUCUUCAUGGUACAGGACCCAGGUUUGAAUAAACAUCAUAUAAACACUACUUAAAAAGACUAAAAGAAAAGAUAGUGAGUCUCUAAAAUUUUAAUAAGGAAACUUUUUUAAACAGUGUGAAUUUCUCUGUGCUGUUUGUCUAAUUUUUCUCAGUUUUGGAAAACAGAAACACUAAAAAUUAUUCAUUCAAUAUAAGAAAUAACAAUAAACAGUGUUGUUUAUGUCUUUAAUGCAACAUAAACUUAUUUUCAUUUAAAUGCACUUCACUUAAAUAACUAUUCUUAUUGUAAAACCAUGGGAGUCAACUAUGUGUAAAGUUUUAAUUUUUAACCAAGUAGAUUUGUGUUGGACGGUCUCUAUGACAACUAUGGACCACUCCAAUCAUAUUGACCCAUAUACACUACAACGCUGCACGAAUUUCUCUUGUUUCUUGCUUACAGAACAAAUCAACAAAUUCUUCCUUCUAACAGUGGACAACAUGCCAAACAAAGCACAAGAGGAUGCUGUGAUCAAUAUGAAAUCGGUGCAGGAGAUCGCUAAACAGUUAGGAUUUGAAUGGACUGUUCUGGCAUAUGAACUCGGUUUCACCAGAAAUGAAGUCAGACAGUUUCAUGCCACAUCCAAAGAUAAGAAAAUUCAAGCCCAGAGGAUGCUGGAAUCAUGGUAUGAGCGCUCCUGGGACAAACCGAACAAAACCAAGCUGUUGCAGGAUGGUCUAGAUCGAGCGGGUCGCCGUGACCUGGCUGAGAGGCUACGCUGUCUGCAUUGGGGUCACCAGAAACUCAGCCGCAGAGUGGAACUGCCCUCUGCCUUUCCCUUCAUUAUUACUGUUCAUAAAACCAUUGACAAUAAAGACGCCUUGAGCAGGAUUAAUGUGCUCAAUCGUAGUUAUAACUAAAACUAUUUCACAAAGAAAAUAAUUCAAUAAUGUUGUUUCUUUUACUAAAAGUUUGAGGAAAUUCAUGAUGACCAGGUCCCAUUGGUCAGUAUAAUAAAAUUUGCUUCACUUUUAAUUGGGACUUAUAAAUGUUUUACUCCAGAAUGUUACAAAAAAUCAAAACUGUAAAUCAGCUUAUUUCCUUGUUUUAAAAAUAAAACUAAUGCAGU